AUGCAGAUACCACUCCUGUAUGAAAUACUGGGCGAAGUGACGAUUACCCAGUUGUUGACUGCGACGUUAUUCCUUUUGAUUGCUCUUUACUAUGUCUACGCAACACGCCAUCAUGGAGUCUGGGAAAAACUCGGAGUCCCUGGACCCAAACCCUGGCCAAUCAUUGACCACAAGCUAGAGCUCAAAGGAGGAGCAGAUGCUGCUGUGAAGAAAUGGUUCAAGAUCUACGGCAAUACAUUCGGAGCCUACGGUCUCUUACCUCACCGUGCAGUGUUAUUUACCAAAGAUUUAUCCUUAGUGAAGGAGAUCCUGGUGAAGGAUUUUGAUAAUUUUAUGGAACGGAGCCGUGCAAGACAAACCAGAUCGACGCUGAAGUACGGAUUGACGUCGAUUACUGGUGACAAAUGGAAAAGAACACGUCACGUAACAAGUCCUAUGUUUACGGGUUCAAGGCUGAAAAUAAUCCUAAGACACAUCUGCGACAGUGCUGAAACACUAACAAAGCUGGCCAGACUGAAUUCUCAGAAAGGACAGUUGAUCCCUCUCAAGUUCUUUGCCACGAAAUUUGCUACUGAGGUCAUCGCUAGAAUCGCAUUUGGGGUUGAGACACAUGCUGUGUCAGAAGAAGAAACGGAAUUUGCUUACUAUGCAAGAAAUAUUGUAAUCUUUAAUUCCAAAUUCCUGUCUAACGUAAAUAAAGUUGGCCAGUAUUUUCCUCACAUUGAAAACAUCCUUCGAAUCUUUAAUGUUAGCACUGACUUUGUGAGGAAGGAAGCUGAUGAAUAUUUCGUCAGCUUGUUGACGUCGACAAUCGAAGACAGGAAAAGGAAAGGACUGGUAUCAGGAAAUGACAAACCCAGGGAUUUGUUGGACAUGAUGAUUAAAGCUGGUGUAGAGAACAACGACCCAAGGCUGGCAGAUCCUGAAUCUAAAUCUCUCAGCCAUGACGAGAUUUUAGGCAACUCCAUCAUGCUGAUAAUGGCUGGGGUAGAAACAGUGUCCACGACGUUUCAGUCAUUGUUCUACUGUCUGGCUCUUCAUGAAGACAUCCAGGAGAAGGUUAUCGCUGAAAUUGACCAAGUCUUUCCUAAAGGUACACCCGUCGACUAUGAGCAGCUAAAAGAUCUGAAGUAUACAGAACAAGUCAUUAACGAAUGUUUGCGACUGUUCCCCCUUGUGUCAACAAUAAUGCGCGUUGCAGCUGAAACAAAAACAUACGGUAACAUAACGAUACCGAAGGGGACUUUCGUUCAUAUAACUUUAGGAGAAAUCAUGAAAGAUCCCGAGCACUGGCCGGACCCAGAAAAGUUUGACCCAGACAGAUUUAGUCCAGAAAACAAGGCUGGCCGAGAUCCACUUGCUUUUGUGCCUUUUGGGUACGGACCAAGAAUCUGCCUGGGGAUGCGGCUGGCGAUAAUGGAGCUGAAGACAGUUCUCGUGUAUUUGCUUAGAGAGCAGAGGUUUAUUCUCUCAGACAAAACUGAACCGAAGAAGGGGACGAAACUGAAGAUGGACAUGAGUGGUGUGUUCCUGUUACGUCCUCGCACUCCGAUCAAACUGGAGUCAGUGCCCAGGGAAUAA